GGCCCGGCCCGGCCCCCGCUGCCGCCUUUCGGUUUCUCUCUUUUCCAGGAAGGAAAACACCGGCGGGGACCGGGGCCGCGCCCCCCACCCCCCCACUUCCCUUCCCGCGCACUCCCGCGCCCCUUCCCUCUUCCCGCGCGCUCGCGUCGCUUCUCACGCGGAGCCGCGAGCACGCGCAGGGCAUACGCGCGGGGGGGGGGGGGCGCGGGCGGGCGCGCGUUCCCGCGGGGAGCGGCGGCAGCAGCAGCAGCAGCGAGGAGCGGCCCCGGCCCCGCGGCCGGACCCCCCCGCGCCACUCCGGCCGCGCCGCGCCCGCCCCCGGGCCGCCACUUCCCCUUGAGGGGACGGGCCGGGCCGGGCCGCGCCGCCGCGCCGGGAGAGGAGCGGAAAGUGGGGAAAGCCCGAGAACUUCCCGUCUGCCCGCCCGCGCCUGCCCUGCCGGGCUCCGCCGCGUCCCUCCAGAGAGAUGUCCGAGGCUCCUGCUCAGUGUUGCAUCAAGGUUUGCAGCCAGUUUACUGGAGCAGGGAAGAUGUGGCCCAGUGGCUCCGGUGGGCAGAGAAGGAGUUUUCCUUGAGGCCCAUUGAGAGCAACACCUUUGAGAUGAACGGCAAAGCUCUGCUGCUCCUGACCAAAGAGGACUUUCGAUACAGGUCCCCUCAUUCAGGUGAUGUUUUGUAUGAACUCCUUCAGCAUAUCCUGAAGCAAAGGAAAGCUCGUAUGCUCUUCACACCUUUCUUCCACCCUGGGAACUCUAUACAUGCUCAGCCAGAGGUCAUAUUGCACCAGAAUCACGAUGAAGAUAGCUUUGUGCAGAGACCUUCGAGACCAUCCACAGAAGCAAUCCACCACAACCCCCCAACCAUUGAACUGUUGCAUCGCUCACGGUCACCCAUCACCAACAACCACCGUCCGUCGCCAGACCCCGACCAGAGGCCACUGAAGUCCCCUAUGGACAGCACCCUCCGCCACCUGUCCCCGGCCGACAGGGUGCCAGGGACAAGGUACCAGCAUGAGAACAACCAGCAGGAGUCCUACCCUCUCUCAGUGUCCCCAAUAGAAAACAACCACUGCCCGCCUCCUUCCGAGGUGCUCCAGAAGCCCUCCAGCCCUCGGCAGGAGAACACCAGGGUCAUCCAACUGAUGCCCAGCCCUAUCAUGCAUCCUUUGAUACUGAACCCCAGGCACUCCGAUUUCAAGCCACCGAGGUUGUCUGAGGAUGGGCUGCACAGGGAGGUCAAGCCCAUCAACCUGUCCCACCGAGAAGAGUUAGCUUAUAUGAACCACAUCAUGGUGUCUGUCUCCCCUCCCGAGGAACACGCAAUGCCAAUUGGCAGGAUAGCAGACUGUAGGUUGCUUUGGGAUUAUGUUUAUCAGCUGCUUUCUGACAGCCGGUACGAAAAUUUCAUCCGAUGGGAAGAUAAGGAAUCCAAAAUAUUUCGGAUAGUGGAUCCCAACGGGCUGGCCCGUCUGUGGGGAAACCACAAGAACAGAACAAAUAUGACUUAUGAGAAAAUGUCCAGAGCCCUACGCCACUACUACAAACUAAAUAUUAUCCGGAAGGAGCCAGGACAAAGGCUUUUGUUCAGGUUCAUGAAGACCCCAGAUGAGAUCAUGAGUGGCCGGACAGACCGCCUCGAGCACCUUGAAUCCCAGGAACUGGAUGAACAAAUAUACCAAGAAGAUGAGUGCUGAAGGAAACAGGUGCACCCCCUCUGUGGGUCCAGGGGAGAAACAUCUGAUGGUCGGCAUGGUUUGAGAGGGGAAGCAGCAAGACAGGAGCAGUACUUGAGGUUGCCACUUAGCUUGAAGACCACGCAGGACCUGAAGCACCUUAACAAAACAAGCAGGCAGAAGUGGUGCUGGCAGGAAAGCAAAGGGGAAAAAGCCUGGACUUAUGCACUACUUCACUGUUCCUACAGUCUCCCUUGAAUUUUUCUUUCUUUUUGGUUUGUUUCAGUUUUGGGGGUUUUUGUAAUUUUUUUUUUCCCGAAUAAACAUGCAGUUUGACUUUCCUUAUCUCACAUAGGACAAGA